AGUGAAACAUUUGCAAGUAUUGCUUCCAACUAUUGGUUGGUAAAUUGCUCUUUGAUUGGCUGAAAAAAAAACAACCAAUGGUGACAUGGUAUCUGAAGCUGACCAAUUAUGAAGUAAAAUGGUGUCCUCACCGGCACAUACGUUUCUUGUAUCAAAUAGGAAGUCAGACAGCAAAAGCUACUUAUUUGCAUACGUUCCGUAUAAAUAUAAGGGUAGCUGUGCUAUCAGUAUACUGUUGUUCUUGAGUUAUACUACGAACGUAAACUGCUACUAUGCCAGAGCCAGCAAAAUCUGCUCCUGCCCCUAAAAAGGGCUCUAAGAAAGCUGUGACCAAGACUCAGAAGAAAGGGGAUAAGAAAAGAAGAAAGACUAGGAAGGAGAGUUACUCUAUCUACGUGUACAAGGUAUUGAAGCAAGUUCAUCCUGACACCGGCAUCUCCUCUAAGGCCAUGGGGAUCAUGAACUCCUUUGUAAACGACAUCUUCGAGCGCAUCGCUGGGGAAGCGUCUCGUUUGGCGCAUUACAACAAGCGUUCGACCAUCACUUCCCGGGAGAUCCAGACCGCUGUGCGCCUGCUUCUGCCGGGGGAGUUGGCCAAACACGCUGUGUCUGAGGGCACCAAGGCCGUCACCAAGUACACCAGCUCCAAGUAAACUUUCAAAUCUUUUUUCAGCUAUAACCCAAAGGCUCUUUUAA